AUGGAAGCUGAAGUAGUGGCAUAUUAUGAAGUAGUUUCUCAGGCGUCGUGGUUGAGACAGUUUAUCACAGAUUUAAAGGUGUUUAAUACACAGUUGUGCGCUUCUCUAAAACACAUGUUCAACUUAAAGACGGUUGUCUACAACAAUACUCUUGUUUUGGAGCGCUUUGAUGAGAAAGCAUUUUUUAGUACUCCCUUACACACAGCUGUAAGAGAGGGAAAGAUCCGAUUCGCAAAGGAAAUAGUAAACCUAAAGCCUUCAUUUGUUUGUAUGCGAGACCAUCUUGGGCGUAGCUCCCUUCAUUUGGCUUUGGAGGGGAGGCACGGGGAACUGAGAGAGCGUAAUCCCCCUCCUUUGGCCUUAGAAGAAAGGUAUCAGGAAAUGGAAGGGCGUGGUCCCCCCGAUUUGGAUUUGGAGAAGUAUCAAGAAUUGGUAACAUGGCUGAUAAAAAUUCACCCUGAGCUUGUUCGGGUGAAAGCAAAGGGAAUGGUUACUCCUUUGCACUACGCAGCUCAAAUAGACGAUGAAUUCAAUUUGGCUGAUUUUUUGUAUGUUUGUCCAUCAUCUAUUGAGGAUUUGACAGUUAAAUCUGAAACUGGUGUCCAUGUGGCUAUCAAAAACCGGAGUUUCAAGGCUUUUAAAGUCUUGUUGGGAUGGCUUCGACGCUUCGACAAAGAAGAUAUCCUAAAGUGGGAAGAUGAAGAAGGAAACAAUGCGUUGCAUACUGCAAUUUCUGCAAAUCAAGCUGAGGUAGUAAAGCUGUUGAUUAAAUAUAUGGACGUAAAUGGAGUGAACGAUAAAGGUUUGACAGCUCUGGACAUCUUCUACGAUCUCCAACAUUCGCUGAAUCCAGAGGUUAAGCAAAUUCUGCUUGGUGCUAAAGCUAAAAGAGCUUCUAAACUCAAUCUUCUUAACUUAAAAACAAUAGUUAUUUACCGUUUAUUCCGUUCUAAAAAUUUAUUUGUCCGCUACUUAUGUUGGGACCUAAACCCUGUGGAAGUAAUUAUCAAAAGCACAGGUUUUGGAAACCUAAUCAUAAAUAGGAUUCCUCUUGAAGUCCAAAACGCGGUACUUGUGGUGGCAAUAUUGAUUGCAACGGCCACCUACCAAGCAGCACUCAGCCCCCCAGGAGGAAAUUGGCAAGAUGAAAGUCAGGUGGCAACAAAUAACACUUCUGUAAUCAAGAACACAUCAGCAGUCUCAUUAUACAACAUUUUUCUGAAUCCAACAUUUUUUUACCGAGGGCGAUCACAGCAGCAGGCAGGGCAUAUGAUUCAGGGGACUCCAUCUCAUUUCUGUUUCUUGAUAUAUAAUACUGUGGCUUUUUCUUCUUCAGUUUGCACAAUUAUUGUUCUCGUAAGUAGAUUUCCUUUCUUCAAAAUCAUUGGCUUCUCCACAACUUUGAUCGUGCUUGCUUAUUGUUAUGCCGUAAUUGAAACCUCUCCAUACCCGGUUGGCUCAGGUUUAUGGUUUGCAUUCAUUUAUUUAAUAGCUAUAAUUGGACCAUUGGCAUACCUUAUUCCCUUUUUUUUAUAUUUACGAGAUUGGAUGGUUAAACUAUGCGGGCGGGGGCAACUUCGUAUGGGAAGCUUCGAACAACCUAAGAUGUGAACUCGAUCAGCUGAUGAAUUUCCUUAUCUUUGUUUAUGAUGUGCUGUACUUAUUGUUUGUAACUUUUUAGCUGCUUGGAAUUUUCUAAAUAAAUUCUAAUUUGAAGUU